ACUCACUCACGCCGAACUUACAUAUCCAACCGCCCGUCACUCGCGAUUGGCUGUCGCCCUCCCGGAAAGUCUAAACCCUACAACGGUAGCGUUUCACGAGGGCGGGCUACUCAAAGCGAAUAUGUAAAUUGUUGGUGGAAAAGUUAUUAUCAAUACUCAGUGGUUCGCCUGGCUCGUAAUGAAUAACGCUAUACCAGUACCGUAGCGCCUGACAAGUUACGUAUGGCAUAUCCGACUUUUCCGUUGAUUGCUCCGUAACAGUGCGACGACAUUACAUAUGUGUGUAUACCUAUAUACUAAAAUACACCUCUCUGUAUAUCAUCUCUUAUGUAAAUUUGGCGUGUGAUGCUGUAUGGUUUGAAAACUUAUUUGUUUGAUCAUUUGCUGUCAUCUAGCAUAUCUAGCGACGCGGUGCGGUCUAGGCACGAGUGUUACUGGUAACAUUCAACCCUUUAGGCUACGGGGGUUCCAUGGAAUUUACGAGAUCUUAGAUUACAUCCACGGAUUACAAGUGGGAAUAACACAUAACUGCUCAUCUCUUCAACAAGUUUCCACUUUGAACGUGAAACACAGGAACACGUUUUGUAUACUUUUUUUUAUAUCUAAUCUUCAUCAGUGCCACUGUUUAUUGUUCAUCUUUAAACGGAGAACAAUCCUUUGUUUUCAAUAAAUCUUAACUUUAACUGGAGCGAAUGGAGCAUAAAUGGUGUCUACAUCAGGAAUGAUAAUCAUCGUCAUCAAGAUGCUUGAAAUCGGAGUCUUCUUCCUGGGAUUUUUGUGUUCAGAUAUUUUUGCCACUGAGCCCAGCUUUGACGUACCCGUAGUAAAUAUCACAGUUGUGGAGGGAAAGACAGCUAUUUUACCGUGCUCUGUGGAACAUUUAGGCAGUCAUAAGGUUGUGUGGACCGACCAGUGGUCAACGCUUCUCACGUUUGAAAUCCAAAGAAUAAUUGACGACGACCGGAUCAGCGUUGAGCGUCCGUACACCAAAGACUGGAAUCUGCUCAUACACGAAGUGCGAUACUCAGACCGGGGCCGCUACACAUGCCAAAUAAACACAGACCCAAUCAAAACAAAAAAUGUUGUUUUAUACGUUCUAGUGCCUCCGCGGAUAAUCGACGAGGCGUCCACACGUGAUAUUGUUGCUCGAGAGGGUGAGACAGUUACACUUGUGUGUAACGUCACUGGAGUGCCAACCCCUACAGUCCAUUGGUACCGCCGACCUCUGGGUCAGAGUCUUGGAGUCAAAGAACGACUGGAAGGACGAGGGCGCUCUUCCAUAGGACCAUGCACUUACAAUCGUUCAGCAAUAGUGAUACCUAUGCAAACACCCUCACCAGCAGUCAUAGGCCACAAUUGGUCGGUAGGACGCGAUGGAAGCCUUAAGUCUGCUGAUAAACACAAAUCGAUGAUGCGCGUGGGGAUGAAUGGCGAGAUCUUGAUCAUUUACAACGUGUCCCGAUACUGUGACGGUAUCUACGAAUGUAUGGCCUUCAAUGACGUCUCACCCGCUGUCAACAGAGAGAUCCCAGUAGAAGUAGAAUUUGCACCGGAGAUAGAGCUUCCAAACAAACGGAUAGGGCAGGAACCUGGACGAGAGACCAUGUUGGAAUGUAUAAUUACGGCCUUUCCCCAGGCCCUCAGUGUGUGGAAGAGACAUGGAAAGGAAAUAAAAGAUACACAUAAGCACAGACUAGAGGUGUACAACGAGGGAGAUCACCGAAUAACACUCAGCCUCAGAAUCAUGGACAUCACCGCGGCUGAUUACGGCAACUACACGUGCUACGCUUCCAAUAAAUUAGGAAACGACAUAGAAAAUAUGUAUAUGUAUGAUCACAAAAAAACCCUGAGAACUACGACUCCGUAUCCAAUGACGACACCACGAAGGGUUACGACUGGGGAUUACCGCUACAUAUCGGGUCACAACAAUGGCGGCACCGUCAUAGAAACACAAGGACCAAACCCGUCCGGAGCCGCUGGUAAUGAUAAAGACACUAUACUUGCCGACAGCCCAUGGAGUAGUGGAAUUACAUGUACAGGCAGUCUAAUAGUUAUCUGCGAAGGACCCAUGCAAGGCAGGUCGAUGGAAAAUCAUGCUGUAAAAACUAUAGAGUACGCAUCCUUACCUGUGCUCCUGUGCUGUGCAAUAAUAUUGAACAGGUUAACAUCUUAGCAGGAUGCCUUAAAGUUGAAGGAUAAAAACCCGAUAUACACCAGAAUAACUAACCACUUGCAAUGUUCAAACGGAUAUCUCUACUGUAACGAUUCAUGACGGAUCUACAUUGGAUUUUUUUGAAGAUCACGCUUUAUGGAAACAGCGAUACAGGCUGACUUGUGGAGGAGGAAUCUGUGUAAAACACAGACCAACAUACGUACAUGUAUGAUGCAUGUCUUAUUAGUGAUGUAGUUAGCUGUACAGAAUGGGCGAACUGCAGCAAAGAGCGGAAAAUGUACGUACUGAGCAGUAUGGAAAAUCAUAUACUAGGUGUAUAAGAGUCUGUCAAAGAUUGUAUUUGUCUCUUGGUGUUAACUUCUAGUAGACGGAUGAUUGAUAUAAAAGACAGUUUCUAGUUUGUGUAAAAAAUACAAUGCCAAAAAUUUAUGCGUUUCUACCUGAAAGUUUGUUUUUAAUUUAUCACUAGCAUACGAAACUGUGUAUGUUAACAAGCUAUCACAGUAUAAAAUUAACUAUGGAUCACCAAUAUUAUUUUACUCAGUGGCCUAUAUCUAAACAAACUCGUGAAACAAACAAACCACAUUAAUAUACCGGUACCUCUUUCAUGCUCUAAAACUACUGCAUAUCGUUCGUUCUAUAUAUUAGCGGAAUAUAUAACCAGAACAUAGUGCAAGAUCAUGCAGAAUGCGAUUAUAAAAUCAUUAUAGCAUGUAAGUUAAAAUAUCGGUGUAGCCAAAUAUUGUAAAAAAGCAUGUGUUGAUGUAUUUUAAUCUACAAAAUGACAAUGAUUCCAUAAAAACAACAUUUACCGUAGACGUAUUGAAAUGGACGUUAUGCAAUCUUAGAUUUCAUGUAACCUUAUAUAUAAGACACAUUUUAGAUUUCACUAAAUGAUCAAAUAACGCAUUAAAAACCUCAAUCUACGUAACUACAUCUGUUUAGUAUUCAUUCUUUUAUUCGUCCGUCCUAUCCCUGGCUUAUUUGAUGAAUAAAUAUAAAAUGUACAGCAGCGUCAACCCAGGAGAAAUAGAGUAUUCGGGGAUGUCGAUAACGAUAGCGUAAAAGACAGCGAAAAACAGAUUUGUUUUAGACGUCGAACAAGGUUAAAUAGAGAUAACUUGUAUUUGGUAGCGUCGAUAACGGCCAAGUAUGUAUCUAAAUGAUCGGAUAGCUUCAAUAGCGAGUAUCAAAUAAUAUACAUGGCAAGUUUGAGGCUUUAUUCGACAGCGUAAAAGACAGUAAAACAUAUAUUAGUAUUCGAAAGCAUCAAAGAUGGUGAAAUAGACAUCCUGUAGUACUUGACAGCGUCAAUAACGAUGUGUUAGAUCUAUUCAAGCAUUCUAAAGGACGAAUAACUGUAAAAACAAAUAUAUUCGUAUUCGAUAUUGUUAUGUUCAAACGGAGAAAUACAUAUCUACUUGUAUUCGACAGCGUCAAAGAUGGUAAGAUAGUGAUAUUGUAGAACAUGACAGCGUCAGUAGCGGUGUGUAAGGAUAAUUGUUAAAUCGAAGUAAAGUCGUACUCGAUAGUGUUACUAACGGAGGAAUAAAUAUCUACCUAUAUUUAAGAAAGAUGAUGAGCUAUACUAAAGGUAAAAAACAUGUCGUUUUAACAACCCAGUUAGACUUACAACAUAUGUGCUUUGGUGACAAUAUUUCAUUGGUAAUAUUAUCAACCGUACUUUGAUAAUUUAGUUUUCACGAGAAUAUUAGCUAUUUUAAAUUUCUAAUGCUUUGUUUUAUAUGAUUGGGUGAAGCGAAAGUACAUUCGGUAUGUGUUCGUGUGAAUGUGUCAACAUUGUAUGAAACAAUGUCAAAUAGCUUCCAGUGUAAUUAAAUAGGCAUUGAUAAUCAUACUGUAACAUAAUUCUUCAUCUCAUUAUGGUUUAUUACAAAUAUACAUUUAUGUAGGAUUAUAUGUUUGUCUUUAAUUGUUGUUUAUCGUAUUCUUAUUUUGCUCCACUUCCAUGUCAAUUAAUGACAUUCUAAAUGAUUUUAUUAUGUUGUUACUUUCUUGUAAUUGUUGCAGAUAUAAGCUGUUAGAUCACCAUGCGGGGAAUUAUGUUUUCAAUAUGGAAGAAUCAUUGGUCUAUUGUCAAGUUUUGCAUUGCAAACAUUUACAUAUGUUUUUAUGUAUGAAUACAGAUUAGGAAUUUGUUGUUAAGUAGGACACAACAAUUGUUUACCAAACCCAUUGAUGCUUGUGCACUUACAUAGCUGUUCUGCACUUCUUGAGUAAUGUACAAAAUGUUGUUGUUAUUGUAAACUCAUUACCCGUGUAUAUACUCAUUGUACCUACAUACCAUUGCAUAUGUAUUGUGGAUAGGUUCGCUUAAGUUCACUAACGAACAUAACUACUUGCUGUGAAUGUGACGAAUACGUGUUCAGAAUAAAUGGUGUGUGUUAAUAGACCAUCACUAUCCGUUGUAUCAGUCAUGGUUACCAACUCAGAGUUGGUUUAUCGUAGUUUAACAUGGUGCAAAAUCAUCGAUAAUAGCAUUGAUGUGUCUAUGUUAUAAUAAAUUUGGUCUAAUUGUAUACUUUGCAAAACGCAAUACGUGUUUUAUGAAGACUUUACGUUAUGUUAUUAAUAUAUUGAUAUAAGAAUAAAUCAUCCAUUAUUUGGCAUGUGCAAAAACACCGAAGAGUAUUGAAAAUAUGUAAAACUAUCUGCAAUCAAAUAGGCAAACUGUCCCUGCAAAUAAUAGGUAACGUUGCUGUAUACAUAAUAGGCAUAUUGUGUUUACAGAUUAUAAGGAUACACAUUGUAUCUGUACAAAUGAUAACUAUUAUCUCGGUUCAAAUGAUAGGGAAAUUAUAGGCAUAUUGUCUGUUCAAUUAUAAGUCAAAUUACCUGUACAAUUACUGUAUAGAAAUGGUUUCUGUAUAAAUGAUUAACAUACUUACUUGACAAAUGAUAAGCAUAUUAUCUACACAAUUAAUAUGCAUAUAAUGGACACGCUGUCUGCACGAGUAAUAGGCAUAUUGCUGAUGCAUAUAAUAGGGACACUGUUUGUACAGACUUCUGUCGGUACACAUUAUAGACAUGUUGUCUGUACAGAUAACGAUGUACAAUCUGUAUAAUUUAUUGGUAUGAUGUCGGUAAAAUUAACUAGUGAGUGCUGUUUCAAAUGAGUAGAUCAGUUCAUUUUAUGACAAGAGUGAUACUCUUUACCUAGUAUUAAAGUAAAGAAUGGUACACAAUUUAUAACCAGUGGUAACCUACUCGAAUUGGGUGGUAUACCGUUCUAGCUAGAUAUUUACUGGUUAUAACAAGAGGUAUACUACUUUAAUAAGUGGUAUUUUGAUUAAAAAUAGUGGAAAUAUGUUUGUAACGAGUGGAAUAUUCUAUAUAAGAAGUGGUUGUAAAAUAUGCAAAAUAUUUACCACUCUUGUAAAUCAAUGUUCAUGGCUGAUCAUCUGUGUGGCUUGGUUUAAUAAAACAAGCUAGAUCUAUUAUGCGUCAUGAAAUCGACUUUAAUAGUACGAUACUAUUCAACAGGAGUGGGAUAAUUUAUCAGCAAUAUUACUGUUUUUUUUUAUAUAUUUUUUCAUUCAAAGAUUUCGAUGAUGAUGACGGAUUUGAAUUUAUGUGAAACUGUAAACAAUUUUCAUUACAAUACCCCGCAUUAUUACUCAAUUUACGACAGGGUGAACUGCAAUGUUUUGUAAAUGCAUCGUUAUGUGUAUAACUAUUUAUGAACAAGUCUUCAAAACACUGUCUCAUGGCUAUCAUUAUAUAUACAUUAUAUUCUCUUUCAGCAGAUAAGCGCACACCAAAGAAUCACUGUAGAUAAUAUUGUGACGUCUGACAUGACGUCAUACACAUAGUAAACACACUGGAUUUUGUUGUCAGUCAUUUGCUGUGCUGAGUGAACAAAACAUGUAUGUACAUUCCUUUGCAUGUGACAUUGAAUGAAACAUCUUAACUAUUUCAU